AUGAGCGCCAACCUGGAGACGGCCUUCUUCGAGAUUUUCGACGGGAAGACGCCGGCCAUGUGGCUGAAGCACUCCUAUCCCUCCCUGAAGCCCUUGGGUGGCUACAUCAACGACCUGGUCGAGCGGCUCAAGUUCUUCCAGAAAUGGGUGGACAACGGAGCGCCGGUGAUGUUCUGGUUCAGUGGAAUCUAUUUCACUCAAGCCUUCACCACUGGCGCUUCGCAGAACUUUGCGUGUCUUGGAUACCCUGGCAGAGGACUGGGAAGAACACGUCGUCGUCACGUGACGAGUGUCCUGUGUCUUUAUAACAUGGUUCCCACUGGCCGUAUUGAAGCUUUUGCCUCCAUGAUGUGUGAAGAACCGUUUGCAUUUUUUCUGUGCGACCCACGCGACCCAAGAGUGUUUUGGUGUCAAAACUGCCAAGCCAAAUGUGCCGGCCGCAUGCUUGAGAUUGAUUGA